GAACCGAUCCUUCUACACGAAUCCCUUAACAGUAAACCGAUCCUUCUCAAUAUUUGCCCCCCAAAACGCUUUUGGAUCUCUCUCAGAGCGAAGAGUACUGCUUUGGUUUGUUUGUUGAUCCACAGUUAUUAGCGCAGAGAGGAGCUGUUGCUUGCGAUUUGCGAAUUUGGAUUUGGAUCAAGGAAUAGAUUCGGCGAAGAGGACCUUUGCUUCGAUUUUAAGGCUUGCAAUAUGUCUGUGAUUUUUUGCUCUAUUUAUGCUCAUUUAGGAUUCUUAAAAGAUUUCUUAAAACAAGAUUCUAUGCGAAAGAGUUUACGCGUCAUUCUGCUGCCACUGUUCCUCUGUCUAUUGGUUAAUGCUAUCUUGAUUUGUUACUCUUAUUCAGAUUCUGGGAACAGUGUGCUGGCAAAUUGUUUAACUGUUUUAAAUUCAGAUUUCAGGAAUAGUCUGCUGUCAAAUUGUCCAACUGUUUCAGAUCCCGCUAUGACGCGUCGGCAAAGAAGAGUUACAGGAGAUGUGCAUUUACAGUGUGUGAAAAAUUCUGGUGCUACCCCUCGGCAGAGAAAAAUUAGAAGAAAUGUGUCCUUGCAAAGCACUGAAAAUAUUGCAGACGAAGUUUGCAGUAGGAAACGAAACAAAUAUGCGUCCACUGCAAAUAUCAAUCCAUAUACUAGCACAUCCAUUACUAAAGAACCUGAAAAUGCUGCAAAUAUCAGUACAUAUGCAAGCACAUCCAAUAAUAGAGAACCUGAAAAUGCAACUUCAUGUGGAAACAGUAUUGGACAAGCAUUCUAUCAAAGAAAAAGAUGUGGAGAAACCUCGGUGUACUCAGAUAUUGGAGAUAUGAGUUAUGUUUGUAUCGACUGCAACGCUUUAUUCUGGUUAAAUGAAUCGAAAAAGCAAGUGUCCAAAAAUAACCCCCCAAUAUAUACAAAAUGUUGUCAAGAAGGUAGAAUCAAACUUGAAGCAUCACUUCCUACACCUCCUUUUUUGGAACAUUUGCUUGAUCCGAAUAAUGGUCGACAUUUUAGAGAAAACAUACGAGCUUAUAAUUCUAUGUUUGCAUUUACGUCGAUGGGAGCUAAAAUCGAUGAAACAAUCAAUGAUGGAUCCGGACCCUACAUUUUUAAAAUUAGUGGCCAAGUACAUCAUCUAAUGGGUUCUCUCUUACCUAUUGAAGGUGAAUCUCCGAAAUUUGCACAGCUGUAUAUAUAUGACACUCAUAAUGAAGUUGCAAAUCGACUACAUGCUAUUGAAGGUCUCAAUCCAGAAAUUGUAGGAGACUUGAUUAAAAUGUUCGAUGAAGUCAAUGAGUUGGUCAGAUUUUUCAGAAAUGUCAGAAAUAAAUAUGAUGAUCAUUCUUUACGUUCUUUAAAUUUAACUAUCUUGGAUCAUGAAGAAAAUCGAGAAAAACAAUAUGAACAACCAACAUGUGAUGAAGUUGCUGGUUUAGUGGUUGGUGAUAUUGGACUUUAUGAUUUAGACAAAGACAUUAUAGCAGAGACGCAUGAUGGACGUUUAGAACGAAUAUCAAAAAUACAUCCAAAAUAUAUGUCUCUACAAUAUCCAAUUCUUUUUCCAUAUGGUGAAGACGGUUAUAAAACGGAACUUAAAAUGCUACCACCUAAAGGAAACAGGCAAUAUAAGCGUGAAAAGGUCUCUAUGCGAAGCUUUAUAGCAUAUCAAGUUCAAGAAAGAUAUAAUCAGUCAGACACUUUACUAAAAGGUGGCAGAUUAUUCCAACAAUUUUUGGUUGAUGCUUACGCAACUAUAGAAGAAAGUCGAUUGCAUUUUUUAAGAAAAAAUCAAAGCAGUUUGAGAAGCGAUGCUUAUAAAGGUGUAUGUGAUGCUGUAUCAAGAGGUGAUAAUGAUGCCCGUAAUUUAGGACAAAAAGUGAUUUUACCUAGCUCACAUACUGGAAGUCCUCGAUAUAUGAUGAAAAAUUAUCAAGAUGCUAUGGCAAUUUGUCGACAAUACGGUCAUCCUGAUUUGUUUAUAACUUUCACCUGUAACGUAAAAUGGCCUGAAAUUUCAAGAGCGUUAGAAAACAAACAUGGCUGUAAACCAGAAGACAGACCAGAUAUAGUAUCAAGAGUUUUUAAAAUGAAACAUGAUGAUCUUCUUUCAUAUAUCAAAUCCGGUAAACCAUUCGGAGAAAUUGAAGCAGCAACCGAUAUUGAUUCUAUCAUUUGUGCUGAAUUACCAGAUAGAAAUACUGAUCCAUCUUUGUACAAAAUUGUUAGUCAAUUUAUGAUUCAUGGCCCCUGUGGACAAUUAAAUUUAAAAGCUCCAUGUAUGCGAGAUGGCAAGUGUUCAAAAUUCUUCCCAAAGUCAUACAAGGCAAACACCAUUUUUGAAACAAAUGUUGCACCCAUAUAUAGACGUCGUGAUGAUGAGACAAAAUUUGUGAUAAAAAACGGUGUUCAAAUCGAUAAUCGUUUUGUUGUACCUUAUAAUCGAGAUCUUUUGUUAAGAUACAACGCUCAUAUAAAUGUUGAAUCUUGCUCCCAAUCAAUGUUAAUCAAAUAUUUGUUCAAAUACAUUAAUAAAGGUCCCGAUAGAGCUAGAGUUGGCUUUAAAGAAAAUUUAAAUGAUGAAAUUCAAACAUAUCUUAAUUGUCGAUACAUAUCUCCUCCUGAAGCAGUUUGGAGAUUAUUUGAAUAUCCUAUUCAUUCUAGACAUCCAGCUGUUGAAUUACUGCCAGUGCAUAUGCCAGGGGAACAAAAUAUCAUCUUCAGUGAGUCUCAAUCUCUUGAAUCAAUCAUUUCAAAUAAGUCUUCAGAAGAUACAAUGCUUACAGCGUGGUUUAAAGCAAAUGAAAAUUACCAUGAAGCCAAACCAUUAACUUACGCAGAAUUUCCAUCAAAGUUUGUUUGGGAUCACCAUAACAAAUUAUGGACGCCUCGAAAGAAAGGAUAUUCAAUAGGCAGAAUAGCUAAUGUUUAUCCUACAUCUGGUGAAUUAUAUUAUUUGAGAUUACUUUUAAAUACACAAAGAGGAUGUUCAAAUUACACUUCUGUUAGAACUAUUGACAAUAUUGUAUAUCCUUCAUAUCAAGAUGCAUGUCGAGCUAUAGGACUAUUAGGCGAUGAUAAAGAAUGGUCUGAAGCUCUCACAAAUGCUUUGUACACAGCAUCAUGUUCAGAAUUACGCCAUCUGUUUGUCACAAUCAUAUUAUUUUGUGAUGUAGCAAAUCCAGAACAACUUUUUAAUGCUCACUGGCAACAUAUGUGUGAUGACAUUGUAUACAAAAUCCGGUCAGAUUUUACGAUGCCAAAUUUAAUUAUACCUGAUUCAGAAUUGCAAAAUUCACUUUUGUUUGAAUUAGAACAAAUCUUUAACGCAUCAUCUAGCUCUUUAAAAGAUCAUAAAUUGCCUAUGCCGAAUGAACACAAAAUGCUGGAACUAAAGAACAAAUUGUUGAGAGAAGAAUUGGACUAUGAUUGUCUUGCUUUGCAGAAAGAGCAUUCAAUUUUAGUACCGCAAUUAAAUGAUGACCAAAGAAUUAUCUAUGAAAAUGUGAUUCAAACAGUUUCUGAUAAGAGUUAUGGACUUUUUUUCGUAUAUGGUCAUGGAGGAACAGAACUGCUCAUUCCAGAUUUAAAAUACCUCUUGCUAUAA